AUGAAAAUCUUCAAUAAUAAAUUAAUUUUUAUUUUACUAAUUAUUAUUCAUUUGUUUACAUAUUUUGAACCCAAUAGUGGAUGUGGAUUUCCUGUUCCUCAAUCAGCACCUCCUGUUUGUGUUUGUGGUGGUGGGGGCGGAGGAGGUUAUGGAUGUGGGGGAGGGGGUGGAUGUUGUGGGAGAAGGAAACGUGAAGUAAUCCAACCUCAUUUUAAAGGAGUGGAACUCCCUUGUCCUCAAACUGAAUGGAGUUUAAUUAUGGAAAAAGCAAUCCUUCCAAACAAUCCAACGACAUCCAUUAAUUCAAUUCAAACUGCUUUGUUUUCCCAUUUUCCCGGCACUAAAUUUAUCACAACUUGUGAUAAAACUUCAAAAGCAAUUGACAACAAUAAAGAAGAAAAUAAAAUCAAAGAAAUACCAAUAUUUAGCGCUGCAGGGGAUGGAUAUUGUAAUGUUGUUGUUAAAGAGAUUUGGUGCCAAGUUGUUGCCCUACAAGCUUGAACAUGGGGGGGGGGGUGAUAAUAAUUAAUAU